AUGCAUUUACUCACUACUGAUCCCAACCUUGAACAGUGCCCAGAUUUUACUUCUCUGAGUCUUCAAGACAGUUGUCUUCCUCUCCUCAGUGCCUCUGUUGAUGAUGCUCAGGCCGCUACCAUCCUGCGCACCAUCUGGACCGCCACUAACAUGGCAUACAAACUUCAAUGGCAACUACAGCUGGAUGUUGCUGCUCAUGAGACCACAGAGUGCAAGUGGUUACUUGCUGAAGCAGAAGCCCAAUGUUGCAUCACCCAGGAUUUGCAGGAUGCAGUUCUCCUUGAUGAAGAUCGAAAGAAAAAUCGCAUUCACCACAUCCCCAUCCCUGACCGCCCUCACCUGUCUUGUGCUGCUGAAACUUUCAUUGUCUCCAACUUCGCAUUGUGCAAACUCGACAAAGCUCAGUUUAUUGAACUAUACUACUGGACUAAUAAAGGUAUUGCCGAUGCUCAGCUGGACUUCAAAUCAGUGGAUGAUGACAGCAUGGUC